GCGUAUCUGCGUUUGAAUCAACGGAGAUAAAAUGUCAAUUAUUGUUCGAAACAAAAAAUUAAUACAGAAAAUUAAUGGAAACGAAAUAUGACAGAUCGAGAUGAAAGAAAAUUGGGAAGGUUUUCUUCCCCAAAUUUCGCGUCUUAUGAAGUUACAUAUCUGAGAAUAGUGAACGCGCGGGAAAUGCUGAAUACCGUUGUUUGCAGCGCGGAAUUUCAAGGUAGCGAAAUUACAUUACACCUUAAUAAUUCUAUAAUUGCGUUGUUCGUUGAUGUUGCCAUCCGAUUACCCUUGUACGUAACAAACACAAAACAUAAAAACGAUUCUGAAGCGUAUAAAAAUAUCGCCAAAAGCGAUAAUUCUUGAAACUCUUAUAUGUGUUUCUUGCGGAUGAACAAAUUUAUGUGAAAACUUUUCAAUGAUGCGGAUGUGAAGGAUAUUUAAAAAAAAGUGCGUAUUUAAUUAACCAAGGUGAAAGAUGUAUUUGUUAUGCAUUAUCGUGAAAGCAAAUGCAAUCGCUUUGGAGGAAAAAGAAUGAAACAAAAGUUUUAAAUAAUCGAAAAAAAUUAUAUAUGCAAGCUACAAUUCAAUUAAUCUAGAGAACUUUUCAUGAUCUUACCACAUGACCACUUACGAAGUGAAACCUUAUGCAUUAUGUAAUUUACCAAGUAUCAAAAAAUUGUAUUCAAUACGAUUGUAAAUCAAUGCAUCCCAUUGGAUCAAUAAAUCAAUGAUAUGAAAUAUCAUGUAUGAAUAUGAAUAUAUGAGCCGAUUGUGAAAUUAAAAGAUCCAUAAAAGUAUAUCAUUGUUUUGCUUUAUUCAUAUAGAAAGGAAAGGAAAUCAUUUUCCUAUAACAUUCUCUAUUUAUUGGAAGUUUGCCUUGGCAAUCAUGAUUUAAUCAUAUAGCGCUAUACGACAAGGUGAUAAACUAAAAUAAACUGAGACGCUUCGGUCGGCAAUAUAAAAAAAAGUUCUUUGACGAUGGAGGAGACCUUGAUAGGUAUGAUCUGAAAUCGACUAACAAUAAGGCAUUGUCGCGUAAUUUUUCUGCGCGGAUCGCCACAUUGUCCGCCCUAGAUAGCAUUUGCAACGCGAGUUUAAGAAUAACUGUCGUAACCUUCAAAAGCGGUAAGGUUAAAGCGUACAAUGCAAAACAGCAAUUUCUGCGAUAUAAGUACCGCGAGAACGCUUAAUGUUAAAUUGCUCGAUCAAAAUUUCUACCACGUCGAAUCAUCGUAAUUACUCGACCCAAUUCUUCUGUGGCGAUGAGCGCAUCACAGAUAAAAAAGAAAAAAAUAAAUAAACUCCGAGCGUGAACUAAAUGUCAACAUUGAUACAUAUUAUGUGAAUGAAAAUGCUUUGUUAUAAUAUUUGCCUAGAGAUAUUAUAUAAAACGUGAUGAAAAUAUUGAAGAUAUUUAGUAAGUAGAUUUUUACGUUUGACCGUUUCUCGACAAAAUAUAUUUUGACUUUUGUUUGAGUGUACCCGGCAAAAAAAUAGAGUCUAUUGUUAACCCAAUUUACUGAUCUCGAAGCGUUCUGUUUAUUGUACUAUUCAUUCUAGAACAGAGUCCUUCCCGUCAAAGCGUUUCUUGAAGAGCAGUCAAAUAUCGAUGACUCGUAAUGUACAAAUGCUAUAUGAUAUAAAGUCGUAUAAAAUCAUGAAGUAAAUAGUCUGCGAAAAAUGCUACUGCGCCUCUUUCAAUAACAGGUAUGCUUGAAUAAGAAUGAGCAGUGGAUACCUUGCACUCUUAUUUAAAUUUCUUAACAGAAACAUAAAUUAUGUUCCUCGUCUUUUAUACCGCAAUGUUAAGGAGUGAAUAACUUCAAAUCGUGAAAGGGAAGUUUACACAGCGCUUACGCUGUCAGAGACGAUAUGAAAUCAUACAAAGAGUAUCAAAGUAUAAAGUCCUGCUUCCUUCAAGAAUUUAAAAAAUAAUUUGAGAUACGAAAAAAGAAAUUGAAAAAGAAAAUAUUUAACGAGGCAAUAAAAUAUUCAGUUAUUUAAUUAUAAAAAAAAGUAUAUGUAAUCCUCUAGAAGAGGAAAUCGAAACAUCUCAAAACAACGCAAACAUAUUAGAAGAAAUGAUUAUUAAUACCUGUGUCAUAUCGCUGCUAAGUGACAUCAUCGAGAUAGAACAAAGCAACGUGUCAUACAAAAACAUGAAUUUACAUAUAUGAAUGAGUGUUCGAUUAAUCACUAAGACUUAAAGACUAUUGAUCUGAUCAUCUACAUUGUCAAAGGAGAAGAAGAAAGGAUUAUAGAGAACGCAGAGGUUGUCUGAAUGCGCACUGUUCUCUCGAAGAGGUAGGACCACUGAUAUGUAAAUACGUACAUACUAUCGACACGAGAUCCCGUGGAACCGCGUGAAGUAACUUCGUCGCAGCCAUAUUGAGACUUUAGUAUGUGGCGACACUAGCGUUCGACCGAUGAACCCUUUCACGUGUACUCCCCUUCAACCACGAGUCGCAUCUUAUCCAUUAGUGAUCCAAAGUGUUAAGUGCUGCGAGGUUCAAGGAGAGUAAGUAUGUACGUAUCCAUAGUGUACAUAUCAGUGGACAGGAUAGCUAUAGUUUUGUAUAGUGGCGACAUCUACGCGGGGGAGCGAAGCACGAUUGCCUGAUGCUGCUGGCAGUUCGCAGGCGCAUUUCCCGGUGCAUUCUCUCAUUUCAGGCCCGAGCGAGGAGCGUCGCGUUGUCGCGUCAUUCCUUCCCCGUAAUCCAUCGACGAUAGAUACCGUUCCUUUUCGCUUCACAUAUUCUUUCUCGUCCUUCUUCUUCGUUAUUACUAGCGAGUAUUCGUGCGUUGUCGUUGCAAAAGCGGCGAUUAAACAAAUUCCUCGGGACGACAGCAAUAGGCUUUGCUAAUAUCCUCCUUGUCUGUCCUUUUUCCUCUUCCUCUGUCCAGCGUAUAAAUACUUCCUAUCCGCUGACUCCAACAUUCCAACGCUAAGCAGCUACUAUUCCUCGUUUCUCCUCUCCCCACUCUUCUCCAGGCUUAUUCAACUCCCGGCAUCCAUUGAUUCCCCUUCCGUCCGCUGACCGAUAAACGUACUACUGUCACGGUCGAAGAAAGAAGAGGUCGGGAUCCGAAGUAUACCAGCUGUUUCGCGCGUCGUACGUUUUCUUCUUGCACACGAUCUCCUUCCCCCACGACUUCUGUGAUUACGAUCGGCACGGAGUACGUCGAUCAUGUCACUGAUCGCCAACUGUUUUCGACGGCUCACCGAGACACCAAUUAAGAACGAGUUCAAAGGCUACAAGGUCACCGAUGUAAACCGCGUGCGAAAAAUCGGUGUUGCCUGCAGGAGCCUUCAUGAGCUGAAGCGGAAAGCGUGCGCAAAGCUGAACAUAACGAACGAUCCUGACGAAAUUAACAUCUACCUACUUGAUGGCUCGUUGAUCGACGAGGAAGAAUAUUUUUCCACGUUGAAACCUCAGACGACGUUGAUCCUUCAGAAACCGGGCGAAAAAGUAUUAACCGAUGCGGAUCUUCUGUACGACAUCUUGAGACGUGUUAAUAUAGAUUUUCUAAUUGCCGGCGAGAAAGCGUCUGAGUUCCUCACGGAAAACUUUAAAGCGAAAGUAGCUGUCCUAUAUAACGCACUGAACAAGGACGAUUCGAAAACAGCGUUCAGUAGCAGGGACGAACAUCCGGAGUGGUUUCAUGGAUUGGAGACUAACUGUACGAGUAAAGAAGCGUACUUGCAUCGUAGAUGCCAAGAUAGAAUACGAGGCUAUCUCUAUAAAACGAUCGACCAGAUCAAAUCAUCGGACGUAUUCACGAGGGAUCCCCGAGCCAGAAAGCAACUGUUGUACGCCAUAGCGUUCUUUAAGAUGCAGCUGAAAGAGGACCACUAUUUUGGCUACUAUUUCGAUAGGAGCCGAGCAAAGUCCGAAGCGUUGGAGGGUGCAGACGAGCUCGAUUCGUCAUCCUGUUACGAUCAUUGUCCCUGUAGAUUGAAAUGGUUGGACGAUAGUACGUACUUCAGAUUGUUCGGAGCAAUGGAACAGUUCGAUGAUACCGAUGGUGUAAAAAAGAGGAACGAAAGAAGCUCGGACACAAAGACUGAAGAGGAAGAGGCAGAGGAGAGCUGUCCUUACAAGAUUAGAAGGAAAGAGAAGAAAGCGUGUAUCGCGUUGUGCGAUCAUACGGGCGAAUUUAGGUGUUACGGUGUGUGGAACGAGGAUAAAUGUUCUUACGCGGAUAAGCACAAGAUCAAUCCUUAUAGAUCGAAGGAAGAACUUGUUUUAUUCUCUACAUGGAAUUUUGAUCACAAGAUCGAGAGGUCCAGGUCUCUAAUCCCAUCGCUCCUGAAAUUAGCGUCCCAGGGUAAUACCAACGAGUCAGACCUCAUUGAAAUUUACGACGAUCUGUUUACGAUGAAGAAUUUGAGGCUGGUUCACAUCGUAUGCCACGAUAAAAGCUCGCACAAAUAAUUACUUGUUAUCAUGUGAGAGAACUAUAGGAGAUUUCAGCGACACGGGAAAUCGCUAUCAAAGAUACGUAACACGUAGAAAUAACCUCUGAAUGUAAAUGUAACUCUUCGUAUGAAAAGCAUACUUAAUUGUAAAUUGCUGUUGAUAGAUGAUUUAAAAUUUCAAAGUUUAUCAUUUGUUAUAUACGAUUUCGAUUCCGUUGCGCCACGAUGCAACAAAGCAAUAUUGAUCACGAGAUCGAGAAAUCUUUUCUUUCUACGGUAGACUAACAUACUUUGCUAUAUUACAAUUUUCUAUUAUCUAUCAUGAAACACCAUGCACAUCAGAAUUUGUUCGAUAGAAACACUGUCGAAAAAUACCGAGAUAAGAAUUUCUGCUUCGCAACGACGAAUAAAUAUGUAUGUAUGUAUAUUUUGCGCACAAUUUCUGUCUCAAUCGGUAGAGUAGAAACCGAGGACGUCGAUAAUUUAAAUACAAAGUCCCGGAGAGUAACAGAUCGAUAUAACCAAAUUAGUACACCGUUGACACGAAAACUUUUUUAUCACAUUUUUAAGGCGUCUUUACGUACUAACGACUACUAUAAACUUUCUACCGACAUUUUGCUGAACAAAUGCAACGGAACAGUGGUGUUUCUCCUUUAUCACAAAUCUGAGUUCCCAACAUGGGAACAUCUCAAUAUAUUAUACAGGGUUGGGCGCAACGGAAUAAUCGUUGAUUAAAAAAGAUUUAUUACGGCAAGUGGAAGAGAUUCGUUUAAAGGACUGUUAAUUGUCUUGUUGAAAUUGCAACAAAGGGACUGUCCGAGGAUGAUCUGGCUUUGGGGUGCAUUUGGAGAUUAUCUUUAAAAAAAAUGUACUCCGUAAGAUCGAGUAUCUUUUGGAUAUUUUUGAUUCGACUGGUUCACCGAAGACAAAACCAAAGUUCUGAUAUAUAUACAUAUAUAUUAUAUAAAUAUAUACAUACUCAUUACUGAAUUUAGAGAAUACAUAUACAUAUAUAUUUAUUUAUUAUGGGCGCGUGUGCAGAAUGAUGAAAUUGUGUCUCAUUGGGAUUUAAUAUUUAAAUGUUAGAUAAUGUUGAAACAUUGAAAUGCAAAAAAUUGCAUUAAGACAUGCGAAAUUUAAUUGAGUUUAAUGGAAUUCGGAGAGUAUGUUAGUAGCCCAAUUCACGAUAUGAUGAUUUGUUUGGAAAAUAGAAAAAUGCUAAAUGAAUUCAGGUAAUUCUAUUUGUCAUAACAUUUGUCAACAAAAAGGUAUAUUUUAUAAAUGGAUCGAGGACAAAUAGCUUACACUAUUAUUAAAAAGAAAUUGAGGUAUUGGUGUCACAACUCAACAAUUUGACCUAAAUAAAUACUCUAGAUCUCAUAAUGAUCUACGGAAGUGUUAAUGCAUGACAUUCUCAGUAUUUCAUUUGGUAAUUUAAAUAUCGUCUGACUAUAUUCGACUUAUCCUGCACUCGUGACAUAUAGAUAAGUAUACAUAUACUAUAUUUAGAUAUAUACACAGAAGAAAUUAUAAAAUGUUUUAGAGAUUUGUGCGAUAUAUCUGAAAUGGCGCUUCUUCCGGCACAGAAAUAUCUAACGGAAGGACCUGAUUCGAAUUACAUCUUUUUGAUAAUUCUUCUUUUGAUAUGAUUUCGGUCGGACUUUGUUGGUUUCGUCGCGACUUCUCUCUUGGGACUAAUCGCUACGAAACAAACCAUUGUCGAUUCAACUAACUUUUUAUAAAAUCUGAAUUACUAUCGACGACGACCACGACGACCAGAAAUAACGAGAGAGUAAUGAGAACCGUUGGCAAUUUAGUAAAUUUAUUUGUGUAUCGAGCGCCGUGUAUGAGUCUCCAUACACAUCUCUUUGCUUAGAACAUUCAUAAUUAUUUGAUACAAUUUUUUGGUCACCUUGAUGCAACGUAUAUUGUAAUAAAUAGACUGCGGAUAUUUAUGCAUUUAUGCCAAACAUAACGGAGAAAAAAUGUACAGAACGUACGUAAAUGCAAAUAUAUACAAAAUGUUCAAAGUACGAUACUUGUUAUAAUAUCCAGUAAAUGAAACAGAUCAUUAUUUAGAAUUCAUUUCUUCUGUUUAUGUUCACCAGAACAUAAAUUUGCAUAAAAUUUUGCAGUCUAGUAACGAAACAUAUGCCACGGGAGUGUUUCGCAGCCUCAAUGAUUGGUGUCCCGUGCUUGAAAUAGUACGCGCUGUUAUGUAUAACAGAUCAGAUUGUGUUUCGACCAAUUAAAAAUUUGCGUCGCUAUUAUUCAGAAAUUUCCUUUGCGUCGAAGGCAUUGGCACCUUUCCAAUUUAAGAGCAGAAAUUUGCGAAAUUGUCGGGAAUCGAUCGAAGGAUGGUAUUUCUAGGAGAUGGCAAUAUCGUUAGUGGAUAUACGCUGCACGCGAAAUCCCAGCUUUAUUGUCAAAGGAAUUCAUUUGAAAAGGUGUAUACCAGCGACAUACCAUCGGUAAAGCAUCUUGAAUUAACGUGCGGUUUAUUGAUUUCGUAUAUCUUUCGAAAUUUCUUUAAUCGAUCAAGAUUAGUAGCCAGCUAUCUUAAAAUUGAUAUGUAAUCAAAGUCAUUAUGCUGCUUCGAACGAGAAAACGAGAGCAAGACGAAAGGUUGCGCAAGCACGGUUAUGAAUCACGAUGAAGAAAAAUGAAAUUCAUUCGUAUAUCAAGGAGUAAUCGCCAGUUGUCGUGAUGUUUCCUAAACACAAAAUAGAAAUAAAGAGAGAUUUAAUAUUUUUGUGAAAAACAUCAUGCCAAAAAGGAUGACGAAGUUGUAUCAUGAUUAAGGAUACGCGCAACCAAACAGGAAAGAAACUGCACGAAAAUGCGAUAUUUCCUCGUAGACAAUGUAUAAGCAUAGUUAUUUUUCAAUGUAAAGCGACUGUAUAGCUCUAUUUUAGGCAAAUGUAUAUUUUAGGUACGAGAGGACGACAGAGAGGAGAGCAAGAAAGAAACAGAAAGCUGGUCGUUAAUUUUUUUCGUUCCCAUUUCCUUUAUUCCCCUCACACGCGUUGCAAAUGAUGUGAACAAGAAUUAAUUGCAUUCGAUUAAUUACCGGUGGCGUUGAAACAACUGUCGAACUCAUUCGUAACUUAGCAAGCGUAAAAUUUUACGGUAUCGAACCUUCUCGGGAGGAAAAGGUCCGCGUCGAAUUUCGCGUUAACUCGCGAUGCACGCGAUAUACAAUCGAUCCAUCGAUUGAUGAAAAAUAUUUGGACGCGGGAUCCUGAUAUAUUCUAGCCCCGGUAAAAUUCCAAAUUCGUUUUGAAUUCGCAAAUGACGAACGCUUCAUCGUAACUUCGGUUGUUUUUUCAAUUACACUUGCAGAAAUUUCCAUGUGGUUGAUAAUUAAACGACGCGUUUUUGUAGCACAAAAACAAACGCUGCGCUAAAAUUUAUAUCGGGACGAACGAACGAACGGUUGAUUGGAAAAACAAUGCAAUUUCAUUAACCCAUGUAAAGACAGUUCCGCGACGUUGUCGGCUUGAUUAAAUGGAAUGGAUUUACUAGCUGUUUUUGUUUCGAUCGUAAAUUUUAGUAAUGGCGCUCUUUCGUUUUCCAUUUUGAAUCGGUUAUUUCGUUUAAAUAUAUACGCGCAAAUCAAUUACCGUUGAUUGAUUACGAGCGCAAUUAAAAGGGUGAUUACAAUGUAAGAACUUGCCCGACCUAAUGUCGUUUAAUUUAAUUGCGCUUCUAAGGUUGCCGCGUUCUUUCUUUGUCCCUCCAUCUUCGUAUUUGUCACACGCUCAAGAGGACCACCCGCUCCGAAAUAGUAAUCAAGUAGACGAAAACAUCCUGCAUGCCAUAGCUAUCGAAACAAUAACAAAACAGUGACUGAAUAACCGCCUCUGAUAUACAUCCGACGAUAACCCCUCCAAAGGGACUAAAACCUCACUAUAAAAACCCUCCAAAUUUAGCGCUCGAGACAUCAUUCUGUUAUAAUUCUUUGAACCGUCACUCUGUUGGAUUUAUACAAUAAAAUUUCCAUC